ACUCCCAGCCACAGAUCACCGAGCCGCUCCUGGCAUUCCAGCAGGACCCGGCAUCACAAGCAGCAGCCUCCUCACUGCAGGAGACGCAGCUUUCUUCCACAGCUGAAGCCCAAUGAGGAAUAUCUGAACAUUUGAUCUUUUUUUUUUUUACAUUUAAAGUUUGAUUAUUUAUUUAUUUAUUUAUUAUUAGUAGUGUUUUUUUUUAAAUUUAUUUUUAUUUUUUAAAGCAAGUCAUUUAGUAGCAACAUGAGUAUGAAAAGGAAAAAGGCUGGGCUGGUCAUCAGCUGGCAGAGAUCUUUCUCAAUUCUGGCUCCUUGGAGAAAAGGGAAAGGAGACAGGAACGCAGUUCUGGACAGUGAUGUUGUGCUGACAAAAAUGAAGCUCUUAAACAACUUCAAUGAAAAGUUCCGGUCGACAGAAAACUCCACUCUCUCUGCAGCACCAGUUUCUGAGCACGACACUCCAGACCCAGGCGAGGCCUCGGAGGUAAACUCCCAUCCUGAAGACAAGACUCGGAUGGAUUCUGGUGCCGGAUACCUACCCGGCAUUUUCUCGGACUCUCAUCUCUCCAGGCUGUACAAGUUUGAAUCCGAGGACUCUGGAGUGGAACUGCCCAGCGGAGCCAACUCUCCGUCUACCCCCACAGGCUCAGAAAAGAGCUUUGCGGUCCACAGCCGAGAGUCCUCCUGUCACUGCUGUAACUUGGACUCCGACUCUACCUCCUCCCCCGAUGCAUUAGCUACAGAGGACCAAAACUCCAAGGAGGCAAACGGCUUAAAGAACAGCACGAAUUCAACAGUGGACACCCAAGACGACGUGUUCACCGACAGAGACGACUUUGACCCUUCAGUUGUAACAGCAAAACUGUACAUAUGUGAGGAAAUGGACCAAAGGGACGCCACAGGAUUUACCUCUGAAGAUGUUCGUGAGAGAACCGACCCACGUGAUGAGAAAAUCUCUUCAGAUGAUAAAAACAGCUCAGAGAGCGUAAAGCCCGCAGACGAAUUCUUACCAGCACGAUGUAAGGAUGAGACAGACGAGGACAUAAAGGCUGAGUCUCUAAGGAGAAGUGACACCAGGGACAGUCUGGAGGACUACAUGGACACAUGCUGCAAGCUCAGUGAGGCCCAACAACAGAGAUCCAGUGCUCUGGGCUCGGGCUUGGGCUACCUGGAGCACAUCUGCCAGCUGCUCGAAAAAAUUGCUCGUCUGCAGGAGGCAAACGUUCGUCUGCAAAGGCAGGUCUGCAGCCUGCAGAGGGACGGCAGGAUGAGAAAAACGAAGGAGGAGUGUUUUCAGCGGUAUUGCAGCUGUGGCUCUGCCACGUUGGCCUUCCAGAAUUGGCAGUCGAAAAGUGACUUUCCGUCUCCGAGUGGUACUUCCUCUGAUCUGUCCACCAUCCCGGAGGUCGGCUGGCACCCGCUGCUGUCAGCCAGGAAAGGCAUGAGUAGUGAGGAUUUGUCAGCCACCCCAGAAUGGAGGAGAAGCCAAAACCAAAGGAGCUACGCCGAGAGGGAGCCCCAUCACCAUGGAGACGGCACAGAGGGGAGGAGUCCUCCGACGGGCCGCCUCAGUGAAAACUACAUGUGGGGCCGAGUCAAGGACCUUGUGAGAAAAAGUAAAGGGAAGAACCAGAGCGGACUGGGACUGACGUCUGCUUCACUGAAGUUGUCUUGUCCUCAGCUCUAUAGGCCUGCUGAAGAACAAGCGAAAUGUCUUACCAGAAACAGGAACUCCAUGAUUGUCUUGGGCUACCAGAACAAACAAGAAGACAUCUCUUGGCUUUAGUAAGCAUCCGGAUCCAAAUGGGCUCACGCUGAGAAGAAGAUAUCAGGAGGUUCUACCAAGAAACUCUGAGACUUUAAAGGAAACAGAAGAAAAGAGAAGAGGAGUGUGAAGACAGAAGACAGAGGAGAAUGUUGAAAGAGAUGACUCUGGGACAGUGACAUCAGAGUGUGUGUUAUACUCUGUCCAAAGAAGAGUGGGGCGGUACCACUGCAUUGUGACAUAAUAUAUUUUCUUCAGAGUGUAGAGUUUUUAGCAUUCUAUUAUCGAAUCUAAGCUUAAAUAUCUUUAUAAUCUUUACAUUUGGUAUAUGGUAAAUACAUUACAGACAAACGGCAGCUGUUUUUGUGUACAGUGCGUGCAUGCGAAGCAUUAUUAAAGGAUGUGGGAAAGGGAUUUUCUGUUGCGACGUUCUCAAACAGGUCGGGAAGAGUUCAAAAACGUGCCGGAUAACAACCAGCUGCUAUUUUUUUUUUUUUCCUUAUGUAACAUUUUCAAAAUGUCAACAAAUACAUUUUUAAAGGUUAUCCCACGAUGCACCUGUUUCAGUAUUCUUCUCAUAACCUGGAUUCAGUGAAGAAGAGCCACACCUGGUUCUAUUUCAGAUUCACGUGCCAUGCGUUGGUCAAAUAAUCCUAAGGUUUUAAGAACAAGAAUAAUGACUUAUUAUUAUUCUUGUUACGAUAAUAAGAACUCUCUCGUAACUCUGCACCCCUCCAACUCAUCUGAAAAUAAAACUAAGAAGUGUGCUGCGAAUUUAAA